CUGAUGCAGCAUCGCCUGGCAUAUGACAGCCGUUCCGGUGGCAGCCACCAGAAGCAGCAGCUGCACUCUCUCUCUCUCUCUCUCUCGCCUUCACGCAGCAGAAACAGCAAGAGAUUCCUCAGCAACCAUCGGUUGGACUGCGCUCUGCAUGGGGGAUUCUUUGAGGACUACUACUUGACUACUUGAUCGCUUUGCAUCGCUAACUGCGAGAGGAGUGCUGCUGAGGCGGAGUCGGCGGUAUUCGUAAACCAAGCGGAGAGUGAGAGAGACGGCGACCUCCCUUCUUUUCCCCUGUGCCACUCUAAUAAGUGGUAUUGGGCGAGUGCGUGCACGUAUGUGUGUGUGUGUGCGUGCGUGUGAGAGGCUGUGCUGCGUGUGUGUUCGCCUGUGCUACGUUGAAUCCACCCUCCCCUGCUUGGACCCUUUUCGUGCCUCUACAUCCUUUCCCAAGUCUUUGCCGCAUCGUUCUUCAUGAAUGUCAUGAUGCUCUCUUCCGAUCUCCGGGCCGUUCUCCGCCUCUGCUAAGCAGCGGCAGCAUGGAUGGUGCUCCUGCGAGGGAAGCCACGGAUACGAUCAGUCCACUGCGGAUGGGCAUGCUGAGUAAUCCUGCUGUAAAUGGGCGAGGACGCUGACACCCGAAAAAUCAACCACAGCUUUCUCCGGGACCACAACUAUGUGACUGAAGCUGAUAUCAUUUCAACAGUUGAGUUCAACCAGACGGGAGAACUUCUGGCAACUGGGGACAAGGGGGGACGUGUUGUUAUUUUCCAAAGGGAACCUGAGAGUAAAAAUGAGCCAAACUGCCAAGGGGAGUACAAUGUUUAUAGUACCUUCCAGAGCCAUGAGCCCGAGUUCGAUUACCUGAAGAGUCUAGAAAUCGAGGAGAAGAUCAACAAGAUAAGGUGGCUACCACAGCAGAAUGCUGCCCACUUCCUUCUGUCAACCAAUGAUAAAACUAUUAAACUGUGGAAAGUCAGUGAAAGAGAUAAAAGACCAGAAGGUUACAACUUGAAAGAUGAAGAAGGGAGGCUGAAGGAUUUGUCAACUGUUACAUCUCUUCAGGUGCCAGUUUUAAAACCCAUGGAUCUGAUGGUUGAGGUGAGCCCUCGGAGGAUCUUCGCAAACGCUCACACUUACCAUGUCAACUCCAUCUCUGUCAAUAGUGACUGUGAGACGUAUAUGUCUGCUGAUGACCUCCGGAUUAACCUCUGGCAUUUAGCGAUCACAGACAGAAGCUUUAACAUUGUGGAUAUCAAACCUGCCAACAUGGAAGAUUUAACAGAAGUGAUUACAGCUGCCGAGUUUCAUCCAUACCAUUGUAACCUUUUUGUUUACAGCAGCAGUAAAGGGACACUGCGCCUCUGUGACAUGAGAGCUUCGGCUUUGUGUGACAAGCACUCGAAACUUUUUGAGGAGCCUGAGGAUCCAAGCAAUCGGUCAUUUUUCUCCGAAAUCAUUUCCUCCAUCUCAGAUGUCAAGUUCAGUCACAGUGGACGAUAUCUGCUAACGAGGGAUUACCUCACAGUUAAAGUAUGGGAUAUGAACAUGGAAAACAAACCAAUUGAAACUUAUCAGGUUCACGAUUACCUCCGGAGCAAACUUUGCUCCCUAUAUGAGAAUGACUGCAUCUUUGACAAGUUUGAAUGUGCAUGGAAUGGUACUGAUAGUGUCAUCAUGACUGGCGCUUACAAUAACUUCUUCAGGAUGUUUGACCGAAACACAAAACGUGAUGUGACUUUGGAAGCCUCACGUGAGAGCAGCAAGCCACGGGCCGUGCUAAAACCUCGCCGCGUCUGCACUGGAGGCAAACGUAGGAAGGACGAUAUUAGUGUUGAUAGUUUGGACUUCACCAAGAAGAUUUUGCACACAGCCUGGCACCCGGCAGAAAACAUAAUUGCCAUUGCAGCGACAAACAAUCUGUAUAUAUUUCAGGAUAAAGUCAACUCGGAGGUGCACUGAAAUUCUAGAAACCCUGGACGUGACUGAAAUCCUGCCUUUAUUAUUUGUCUCUCUAUGCCCCUCCUUUUUUUCGUCUUGCUCUGCUUUAUCGGCCAUUGAACUGUACUUGCUAAUAAUCUUUUGCGAGGGUGUAUUCGUUGUGUUGGAACUGUGGAUUGUGGUUUAUCACUAGUGUGUAUUGCUGUUGGUAGUUACGGGCUUUUAUAAGCCACCCAGGCUGUGCUGAGCAUUUCCUGGAGAAGGAAAAAAAUAAAAGGAUGAGCUGCUGCUUACUUUCAGGCCACUGGUUAAUGUUCCUAAUUUUAACUUUUGUGUGUAUUUUUUCCUUUUUAUUUAUAAUGAAUGUUUCUUAUUUAAAUGUCUUUAAAAAUAAUACAGGGCCAUAUUUUGUCACACUUUGUAUUAUGGUAAAGCAAUUAUGGGUAAGGAAUGAGCUUUAAAAUGAAGCAUAAUAAGUUAUUCACUUUUUUAAUCAUAUUGAUUUGUACAUUUUCAGUAAUACAAAAUUUCUGUUCCCAGGAAGUUCGCAAUAUGAAUGGAGUUUGCCCCUUCUCUCCAGGUAGUUUGGAGUCUUUCCAAAGACUUGCAUGUGUUGGCAUCUCUAAAUUCAUUAAUUGUGAAUGAUAAUGUCCUGUGAAAGAAUGAGUGUUGAUUCCUGCCUUGUAUCCAGUGCUCCCAACCAUAAAGUGGAUGAAGUGUGGUUAGAAGAUGAGUGGGUUGAUGUGAUUAUUAGAAUGUGCUUGACUAUUUGUUGAAAAAAUAAUAUUUUUAUUCCUUUGCCCCAUAUUUAAUUGCCAACCCAGGCAGUGUCUGUGUGGAGUUUAUACGUUACCCCACAUUCUAGUAGAGAAAUGUAAUGGCAACUAAGAAUAACAUGGGAAAAUGAAAGGAAUAUUACAAUAUCCAGAUGAAAGCACACCCCGACUUGGGCAUAACAAACUGUACACAGACUGUGAUAAGGUCUAGGAAUCAGACUAAGGCUCCAGAAGGCAGCACUAAUGUUAUUCAUGACCGAUCCAGGACCAAGCUUUAAUAAGAUAUCAGAGCUUACCAAUGUUUUCACAUUUGACUCUGCUUCCCAUGAAUACAUCAUCGUCAUCAUGAACUGCUGAUCUGGAGGUUAGAGGAGAUAAUUAGUUAAUGACAAAGUUCUAGUCAUGCUUUAGCCAACAAUUAUAUGGUAAUGCAAGUGAUCACAUGGAAGAAUAAGCUUUUGUAACAGUCGUAUUCAGUAGUACUGAAACUGAACUAGAGGCAUUAACCCUGCACUGGAACAGUUAUUGACAAUGGUGUCUCACAACUCCAUUGAUGCAGUUUCAUGUCUGUAUGCAUUUUUAGGUAAUUCCCUCACAUGCCAAAGACAUGUGUGUGAGGUUAACUGGACACUCUAAACUGACCUAGAAUAAGUGAUGUGUGUGUGUGUGAAUUAUUACGACCUAAACUGCGAUGGUGUCCUGGCCAGAGGUGGUCCCUCCUUUGUGCCCAAUGCAACCAGAGUAAGGUCAAGCUCUUUAUGACUCCUUUUUAAUGGUUUAAAUAAACUUGGAAAAUAAACAAUGCUUAAAAAUAUAAAGAAUGAUAAACUAUGGCCUUGGUCGCAAAGAUAAGAAAUUGAGAACGUUAAACAGAAACAAAAUAGUUUUUCAGGACAGUGGAGUUUUGGGUAUUAUAGCAAUGUUAUGAAUGAUGCUUCUUUACUUUUGUCCUUUAUUUUAUUAUCCAUUGGCAUUCCUACUGUAAUUUCCUCUUGUUGUUUAGUGCCAUAAAUGACCAGUGUUCCCUUAUACUAGUGGGAUGGUAGAGAUGCUAACAUAAAUGGAGAUAUAGUAUUCAGAGCAUCCUGAACAUCACAUGGUUAUCUGUCUUAUCUUAUAAAAUAUUGCAGAAGGUAAAAAUGAUUUUUCACCAUCAAGAUGCAGAAGCUGCUCCACCUGGCAGGAAAAGAGUACAAUAUAUGUUGUGCUUACUUGUGAGUUCAUCAAGGAUUUGGACAUUGGCGCCCUUGGUGGUGGUGGUAGGGGAAGGGAUGAAUCAGAUAGCAUGAGUUAGCAUACCUCACAUUUCGUUUCCCUGCCGAGAAGGGGCAUCCAAACAUUUUUGAAAUAUGAAAAUUCUUAUUGCACUCCAAACAUGCAGCUUUAAAGCAAAACAAAGUGGCUUUCAUUUUGUAUGGUUUCUUUGAAUAGAAACCAACUACUGUAUAUGUUUUGAUUGAAACAUGACGAAUUUGAAAUGACUUGGUGUUCUUGCUUAAUUUCGCAAACAAAGAUUAAGCUGCAUGGUACAGGUAGUAAUAAUUUGUUUUAAGUCUUUUUUGGCUGCCUUUUUGAAUCAUAAAAACAGGCUGUCUGCUGUACAAUGGCUUGCAGAAUAUUCACUUAACAUGAUGCGGAUUGUCACUCACAAAUGAAUUUACCUUUUGUGUUCUUGAAGCACAAAAGCAUGUUUACCAUUGUUAGUAUUACUAUGUACAUUUGUAAUGCCUAAAAUGUUUUAAAGAAAAAAGGAAUGAGGAAUGUUUGCUACUACUGUACUCAAAAAAAACUCAAAAAAGGGAAGAAUGGAACUAUUUAUAUGUAUAUAUUGUUUAUUCUCUUUACACUAAGGAGAAUCUUUUUCUGUACAAAAUGAAAUGAAGCUAACAAUAAAACGGUAACAGGAAUGUGGUAAGUCGUUCGUACGACAGUACAAUCAUCCAAACCCCUGUCCUUCAGCUAGAAUAUUCUGAAUAGGUUUUUUGAAUUAUGUAAAACUUGAUAACGUACCGAUUUUCAAUUUUGAACUUGGCGGUACCCUGUCCACAAUUAGAACUGAACUCUUUGUGAACAGGAAGGAAUAAGCCAGUAAACAAUUUUAUAAACCUAAUACUGUAUGUCCAUUUUGGAUGAUCUAAAAUGGAAUGACAAGUACGCUUCUGCCUUUUUUUAAAAUCCAGAAUCUUCAGUGAAUGUUACAAUGGCAUUACAAACUAAAAUGAAAAGAAAUAGAAAUGAGGCAUAGAGCACAUGGAUUCAGUGGAUGCUGUUCCUCAACUCAGAUGUUCUCUUUUGGGGAGGUCUUCUUGUUUUUAGUUGUAUUUUGUUUGUUUGUUUUGUUUUGUUUUUUUUUUCUCCCCGCUCUGUAUAAUAUAUUUAAUUUGUGUUCUUUAUGGUUCAGACCUAACUAAAACUAAUGCUCUCUUUUUAAGUUAAUACACUUUUUUCUUUUUUGUGUCUCUUGUAAUUUUUGGUACACAAUGUCAAAUAAACAAUUAUAAAUAUGUUAAUAUGAGUUUUCAAAUAAAGAUUUCAGCAAAAUUGCAUCCUA